AUGACUUCGGCGGCCAUGAAGCUUGCACAUCCUUUGGGACUCUCUUUGGGUCUUCUCUUCUUUCCCAGCGUAGCGGGAGUAGAAGAAAUCCCUCCAGGGCAUGAAAAGGAGACCUUCCAGAUCGUCGAACUAAAGUGGGAUCACGUUCAGGCUCCUUAUGUUAUCGCCGCCUGGAUCCUCGUGGCCAGCCUGGCCAAGAUCUUAUUCCACCUGUCCAAUAAAGUCACCAGUGUGGUUCCAGAGAGUGUGUUGCUCAUCAUCCUCGGCGUGUGCCUGGGUGGCAUUGUGUAUGCAGCUGACCAUAUCGCCUCCUUCACCCUGACUCCAACGGUCUUUUUCUUCUACCUGCUGCCACCCAUUGUCUUAGAUGCGGGCUACUUCAUGCCAAACCGACUCUUCUUUGGCAACCUGGGCACCAUCCUUUUGUACGCAGUAAUUGGAACGAUCUGGAAUGCUGCCACGACAGGACUUUCCCUCUAUGGGGUCUAUCUCAGCGGAAUCAUGGGUGAACUUAACAGUGGAUGGCUGGACUUCUUGCUGUUUGGGAGUCUGAUAGCUGCUGUAGAUCCUGUGGCGGUGCUGGCUGUGUUUGAAGAGGUCCAUGUCAAUGAAGUCCUCUUCAUCAUCGUUUUUGGAGAAUCCCUGCUCAAUGAUGCUGUAACAGUGGUAUUAUACAAUGUUUUUGAAGCCUUUGUCUCAAUAGGAGCAGAAAAUGUAACUGCUUUGGACUGUGUCAAAGGUGUUGUGUCCUUCUUUGUGGUGAGCCUGGGAGGUACUUUGAUUGGUGUUGCCUUUGCGUUCCUGCUCUCAUUUGUCACACGUUUCACAAAGCAUGUUAGAAUCAUCGAGCCUGCAUUUGUGUUCGUGAUCUCCUACCUCUCUUACCUGACAGCAGAGAUGCUCUCACUUUCUGCCAUACUUGCUAUAACUUUCUGUGGUAUCUGCUGUCAAAAAUAUGUCAACGCAAAUAUUUCAGAACAGUCUGCAACUACUGUGAGAUACACCAUGAAGAUGCUGGCUAGUGCCUCAGAGACAAUUAUUUUUAUGUUCCUUGGAAUUUCAGCUGUUGAUCCUAGUAUCUGGACAUGGAAUACAGCUUUUAUACUUUUAACACUAGUAUUCAUCUCGGUCUACAGAGUCAUUGGUGUAAUUAUACAGACAUGGGUUCUGAACCACUACCGAAUGGUCCAGUUGGGAAUAAUAGACCAGGUGGUGAUGUCGUAUGGUGGUCUUCGUGGUGCUGUUGCCUUUGCUUUGGUGGUACUUUUGGACAAAAACAAAGUCGGAGAUAGAAACCUGUUUGUCAGCACAACCAUCAUUGUUGUGUUUUUUACUGUAAUGAUUCAGGGUUUGACAAUCAAGCCUUUGGUGCAGUGGUUGAGAGUGAAAAGAAGUGAACACAGGGAACCCAAACUUAAUGAGAAGCUCCAUGGCAGGGCCUUUGACCACAUUCUUUCAGCUAUUGAAGAUAUAUCUGGUCAAAUAGGACACAAUUACCUGAGAGACAAGUGGUCCAAUUUUGAUAGAGAAGUCCUCAGUAAAGUGCUGAUGAGAAGAUCUGCUCAGAAAACUAGAGACCGAAUUCUUAAAGUUUUCCGUGAACUCAACUUGAAGGAUGCCAUUAGCUAUGUGGCUGAGGGGGAAAGAAGAGGUUCCCUGGCGUUCAUCCGCUCUCCCAGUAUUGACAACACAGCCAAUGUGGACUUCAGCAUUAUUAAUCCAAUCAAUGGAGAGCCACCUGUCUCCCAGUUGCUGAGAGAAAAUGUCAGUUCUGUCUGUCUUGAUAUGCAAGCUCUUGAACAGAGAAGGAAAAGCAUCCGAGAUGCAGAAGAUGUGAGUAGCCACCAUACUCUGCAACAGUACUUGUACAAGCCCAGGCAAGAGCAUAGACUCCUGUACAGUCGUCAUAAAAUAACUCAGAAUGAGGAUGAUAAGCAAAACAAGGAGAUCUUUCACAGAACCAUGAGGAAACGCUUGGAGUCUUUCAAGAGCACGAAACUGGGCAUGAGUCAUACCAAGAAGCUGAACAAACUUCACAAGAGAGAAUGGAACCAAAAAAGAAGAAACAGUAAUAUUAUAGCAAAUGGCAAUCUGGCUUCAGAGACCAUACAGGAAAAAGAAAUUGAACUUUCUGACCCAGAGGAGAAUGAUUAUGACCACCUGGAAACAGGGCGAGCGAUGGACUUCCUAGCUAGCAUUACCAAACAAAAUUUCACAGACACAAGUGGUGACCCAAAUUUAGGUGCUUUGUUAUCAGAGUAUUCUGAUGAAAUGCUCCCCUCUUCAGAAUAUGAACAGACAAAACCUGAUGCUUCUCAGACAGAGAACUAUCACAACAUGAGUCCAGUGUGCCUUCAGGCGUCUUGGCAAGAAGACCACGCACCCUUGGAAGACAGAGACAAAUUAUUAUUCCCUGAGUACUUGACUCCUCCUCAUCAAGAACUUCCUGACUUCCACUGGCACACAGUCUCAAAUACAAGCAAUCAAACACAUUUGGGUGCAGGUUUAUCUGACUUUGGCUAUGACCCAGUGAAUUCACGGCUUGACCAUUUCAUUCCUGAGCCUGGAGGACUCCCAGAAUCUAUUUCCUGGAACACCCGAGAAUCAAAAUGGCCACUUAAUACACAAGCUCAUUACAGAUCUGCAACAGCAAGGCGAGUACAAAGUCGCCGUUCAUUCCACAGGCCAAAACCUGUGCAACGUCCUCAACUUAAAAAGUUAGCAUCUCUUCCGGCAUCUUUUCAUUUCCCUCCAUACCCUUGGGAACAGGAAGAAACACAGCUGUGAGUCCUUUUUGACUUGAAUCUCAUGAAUUGUGUGGAAUAUGAGACAGCAACUACUUAAAUACUGCAACCUUGUAUGGAAUGCUUUCUGAGAAAUACUGAGCUCUCUAUUCAGCUGGAUACGUCACUAUCCAUGGCUCACACUGAUGGAAGGCCACAGAAGCAUCAAGAAAAUAUAGAGUGUUUCAUUUGCUUUUAAAGUUAUAUUUUUUAAA